AUGCGUUUGCGCGUUAGACUGGCCUCGGACACAUCAAACCUCACGUCAAUUUUUUUAAAUUUUUGAAAUUGAAUUUAAAAAUUUCAAAAGUUUUUCCUUUUUUUAUUCAGUUUAUAUUUAUACGGUUUCUUUUUUCACGUUCAAAGUGAUUUUGCGGAAUAGAGGUGAAAUUCAGGAAGUGAAAAGAAAAAGAAUUUUUUUGGAGAAUCACGGCUGCUUUAAAUAAAUUCUCGUUUUCCGAUUUUUCUGAUUCAGAUUUUAAAAAUGAGUUCAAGCGACAGUUUUUCGAGUAACGAUGUUUUAAAAGAUCUUACACGGCUUCACUUAUUAGCUCAGCGGUAAAUUUGCCAAAUAUCCUUCAUUGCUAACCUUAUCUCUGUAGAAUUUUUGAAACACGUCAAGUUUGUGUCGAUCUUGACAAAAGACGUCAGAAAAUUACGAGAAUAUGAGCGAUCAUCACGAUCAAAAACAGAGGUAAGGUGUGCUAUUUUCUAAGAUGUGUAAAUUUUAUAUGUUUAGGUCUCGAAUGACAAAACUUGGGUCCUCACUGGAGAAUCAUUCCUCUCCUUGCCAACUUCAAGCUUGAAAGAUAUUGUGAAAGAAGAUAUGCAGAGCGUGGAGAAGUCAAUUAAAGAAAUGAAUGAUUUAUUGAAGGUUUUUCUAAAAAUAAACUUUAAAACAUGGAAAUAUGGGCUCAGAAAGACGUCAACGAGCUUUUUAACACUGGAAAAGCAAAAGAAUUUAGCCGACCGAGGGUUCGAUCUGAGCAACAUCUUGCAAAACGACGCUGAAUGAUUUUUUAAUUUUCGUUCCUUUAUUGUCAUCUUCCAACUGGAAAACGGGUCGCAAUAAAUAUUAUCAAUGCAAUUCCUUGGAUUUUAUAAAUUUAUUGGUUUAUGUUCCUUUUCUAUUUUCGAAUAGGCUCCCGAAAAUAAUUUGGAUUCUUCCGUUCAGAAAACAAUGGGCGACACAGAUGUUAACAGCAUCAAAGGGUUUUUGUACGGAUGGCUGGGCAGAAACAAGCAUAAUACGCCAAAUUACGAGAUCAAAAAUGAGAACCGGGGACAUGUUUCGCGUUUCAAAUGCGAGCUUCGUGUCGAUGGCUUCCCAUACACUGCUUUCGGAAAUUCAACCAAUAAAAAGGUGGAUAAAAAAGAGGAAAAAUCUAGUUUUUGAAUGUCGUCUGUUGAAAUUUAUGCAAUUUUUGUCAUAGAAAGAGUUUUAAAUUGGUACGAUCAUUUUGAUGAAACAGAUUUAACGUCCUCAAAGUCGAGCCACUUGAAAAAAUCGGUUUCUUUUUCUGCUCUCGAAGCUCAUGAAAUUAUAUUUUAUAUUAUGGACUUCGUUUCAGGACGCCGGUACAAAUGCAGCCAUGGACUUUUGCCAAUACCUGGUCCGAGAAGGUCAUAUGAAAGCUUCGGAAAUUCCCUCUUUGAACGCUUCGGCGUUGGAAACGGCUCGCGAAAGCGGUUUCUCGGCUACCAGUGGCGGCGGAUCUUUUUUCGAAUCCAAGGCUGAAUCGAAUUCUUUCGCCCCACCGGAAAAUAACAUGGUUCUUGUCUCAUUUUUGUACCAGAUUAAUUGAAAAACUUAGCUUCCUUGGCAAAGCGCCUAUAGAAAAGACGACGUGAGCCACAAGCAAUACGUGGCACAAAAGGCGGAGGAGAUCGCUCAGGUAUGUUGAAAGAUGGACGAUGAACUGUUAUUUUUCUUCGGAGAAGUUUAUUGCCCGCUUUUUUCAAUCUUCUAGGUAGAAAACGAUCUGAAGCUUUUCAGUCGGAAAACGCCGACAUGAAGGCGGAUCUUCACGGUGGCUGGAAUAUGGACAAUAGUAAGGCGGCUUUGAACGAAUAUCUCCAGAAGAUGAGACAGCCUCCUAUAAACUAUGUCACCCAAACAAAAGAGGCCAAUAGGUUAUAUUGAAUUUUUCUGGAGAAAUAUUCAAAAAAUAUUCAGAACAUUCGUGACAGAAGCCGCGCUUUUUGUGACGGCUCUCAAAAGAAGUUUGUUUCCUCUUAAGCUUUUCAAUUUUCAACAAAAAAUCUAGAUGUGAUGGGCCGAGGGCAAGGUUCUACCAAGAAAGUAGCUGAAAGCAGCUGUGCCAUGAACAUUGUCCGACAGUUGUUUCAUUUCAAUAUCAUCCAAUCUUUUACUGGACCUCGGAAAAAGACAGCCGCUAACACGGUGAGAAUGUUGUAGUGGUCGCUCUAGGGGUUCAAAAAAAAACCAUAAAAAGUCUUAUUGGAAACCGGAAAAGUUCGAAUACCUUUAGCAAAGCUUUUCAUGGUUGUCACUUUAGUUAACGCGAUAAAUAUUUUUGAACCAAUCACGAAAUAGUCUGAUUGAUCACUUUCCUAGAAAAUAAACUUUUCUAUUUUUCUAAAAAUAAAUUUUCUUGAAGCUCCCCGAAAUUCCUGUGAAUAUGCACGACGAAUUGAAAGUGCGACUGAGAGAGUUCGUCCGAAAUAGCGGGGUCGAACUGCCUCUAAUUUCUGAGGAGACCGCCACUCCAGAGGCUCCUGUUUCCAUUAUCGUUGACCAGAAGCUUCACAACUUCCCAGAGUCUACGGUUAAUCUCUUUCUCCGUAUUCCAAGUCUACUCAACUUCUAAAGAUCUCAGCCCCGUCGAACGUUUCUUGGGCGCCUCCAAUGCAGAAUUGGAACCCGUGGAGAGCUGCCAACAUUGACGAGCCGCCACUAGCUUUCGUGAGCAAUUAUAAAACGAGAACUCUGAAAAAAAAAACCACAAUUUAGAUGCCCCUUGGCGAGAUCAGCGAGAUGAUCAAUCAAAAAGAGGCGGAGAAAAUCGAGAUGUUGGAGCACAUGAACGAGGGAAGAAGAAAGUUGCCUGUGUUCCAGUACAAGGAGCAAAUUAUCAAUUUGGUCAACAAUAAUUCGGUUGUUUUGAUCAAAGGAGAGACUGGAUGCGGUAAAAGUACGCAGGUGGGCAGAAAAUAAAUCAAAAUUUUAGUCUUUCUCACUGAUGUAUUUCAGAAAUGGAAUUUAAUUGGAUGUUUAUUAACUUUAUUUCAUACUUCGAUGUAGAGAAAAAAAGAAAAACGUAAUCAGAUUUUUUUAAAUGUUGAAAAUUUUAAAACAGCGAGAGCUUUUCCGUGAAAAAUAAUGAAUAAAAAAUAAAAAUUCCACUUAUAAUCUUUUUAGGUGGCCCAAUUCCUUCUCGAAUCCUACAUCGAGACGAACCGAGGCGCUGAGUUCAAUGCCGUCGUUUCGCAGCCGCGCCGAAUCUCGGCCAUCUCCCUCGCUGAGCGAAUUUCAAACGAAAGAGGCGAGAACCUUGGCGAAACCGUUGGUUACGGUGUCCGGUGAGCAUCACUGCCCUGAAAGCCUUUGAUUCCCUGAAGUUCAGGUUCGAUUCCGUUCCUCCACGGCCUUACGGCUCGAUCAUGUUCUGUACUGUGGGAGUUCUGCUGCGGAUGAUGCAGAACGGUCUCCGAGGCAUUUCUCACGUCAUCAUCGAUGAGAUUCACGAACGCGACGUCGAUGUAGGCGUGGAAAUCGCUCCGACACUCAACUGAUAGAAAAUUGACAGACGGACUUCGUUCUGAUUGUCCUGCGCCAAAUGCUCACCGCCUACAAAGGCCUUCGAGUCAUCUUGAUGUCAGCCACUAUUGAGACCAAAUUGUUCACGGAUUACUUCGGCGACUGUCCUGUCAUCACUAUGCACGGCCGUACUUUCCCCGUCGAGCGUUAGUUUUCUGAACUGUAUCCCUUCACUGUAUACGUCUUCCAGACCUGUUCCUGGAAGAUAUCGUGGGGAAGCUUCGGUUCAUGCCUGAGCCUUCGGACCGCAGGAGGCGGAAAGAAGAAGAGGAAGGUGAUGAGGAGGUCGACGACAAGGGCAGAAACAUGAACAUGUUGGCGGCCGACGCUCCGCCUCAGCUCAAAUUGGCCAUGUCUCGCAUCCCGGAGACGGAGAUUUUCCUGCCCUUGAUCGAGGUAUCACGCUUUUUGAGAUGAAAAAAGCAAGAACUGAAGUGAAGGAGAAAAUUGAAAGAAUCGUUCAAGUCUUGAAAAGAUAAAAAAAAAUUAGGAAAAGAUCUAUUGAGUACCUCGGUUUUAUAGCGUUGAUUUCAUGAAACUUUUGGUUUCAUAGGCACCUUCACGUCAAGGAUUUUACUUCAAUCUUCUUUUUCAUUUUGACAAUCUUCAAAUUUUCCCACCGGUUUGCGAAAACUAAUGUUUAAUUUUAUUAUAUUCCACAAAUGAAUUUUAAAAGUAAAUUUUAGAGGAAAACGAUUAAAUAGAUAAUUUUUUUUCAAAUGCAAAAGACCAUACCAAGAGUGUUUUUCUAGGACACUUGAGGAAACUUUUGAGUUUACAAAAGGAAUAUUUCAGGAUAUUAUGGCAUAAAAGACCGAGAUGACACACUUUGAAUAAAUUUUGCAUCGAUUUUAAUCGGAAUCAGUUGAAAGUUGCUGAAAAAAUAUGGGAAACACGUCAAAAUGCUGUUCUUUCUUCUCAUACGGAACUUUUUGAUCUACUAUCCAAAAAAUUUUCAAAAACCAUAGUCUUUUUGCAUUGGCCUGUCAGUUGGAAAAUUUAUUUUUCAUUCUUCAGGCCAUCUUGAAAGAUAUUGCCGACAAAGGAACCGAAGGAGCCGUGCUGAUUUUCAUGCCCGGAUGGGCUGAAAUCGUCUCGUUGAUGAACCAUUUGAAAGCCAGUCAGGAGUUUUGUGAGCUCAGACUUUAUUUGAAAAAAAAUAGCAGUGAACUUUAGCGAACGUUUCGAAAUACGAAGUUUUGCCAUUGCAUUCGCAGCUCACCAGUGCAGAACAAAGACGGGUUUUCAAUCAUUAUGAAAAUAAGAGAAAGGUUAUUUCUUACUCGGCUCAUGCUUUUCAAACGACCCAACAAACUUUGUGAAUAUAACUUUCCAGAUCAUUAUUUCUACCAAUAUUGCCGAGACAAGUAUCACAAUCGACGACGUCGUGUUCGUCAUUGAUUCUUGCAAGUAAGUUUCAUUAUUUUCCCUAUUGGUUUGCAGAAAAAAAAAAUCAAAGAUCAGAUUUGUCUUUGUGAAACAAACCGUUUCAAAAAAAUCAGACUUUUCGCGCGCCAUCAAUACUCUAAGGACUUCAAACAAUUCCAAAAUUCAAAUUCAAGUUUCUCAUGUUUAGUUAGUCAGAAUAAAGAGUUUCAUAGAACAGGCGUGGGCGAUUUCAUAUACAAAAUUUUUCAAGACCUCAUUUUCUGUUUUUAAAAGUUAAAAUCUUUCAUUAACCACUCUUUUGGCCUUCCGAACCGUGAAUUACUUGGAAACUCUGUCUCUUAUUUCAACAUUUCGUUUUCAGGGCAAAGGAGAGAAUGUACACGUCGAACAACAACAUGGUUCAUUUUGCGACGGUUUGGGCCUCAAGGACCAACAUUGUCCAACGACGGGGUCGUGCUGGCCGCGUUCAACCCGGAUUCGCCUUCCAUCUUUGCAGCAAACAGCGUUUUGAGUCGUAAGUUAUUGUUGAUUUUUUUUAGUUAUGUCCUAUAGAGUUAGCAUUUUUUUUUAAAACGCCUAACACUUUUUAAACGAAUAUCUCGAAGAGGCUACGAUGCAUGAAGCCUUACUUUCAGACUUGACGAACACGCGACGCCAGAAAUGCUGAGAACGCCUUUGCAUCAAAUUUCCCUUCUGAUCAAGUUGCUCCGUCUCGGCUCUGUCGGCGAUUUCCUCGGAAAAGCCCUGGAACCACCGCCAUACGAUAUGGUUGUCGAGAGCGAAGCCAUGCUGCAAAGUGAUACUUGAAUGAAAAUACACUUCUAGCCUCUUUUUCAAGGUAUGGGUGCUUUGGACAAGAACUUGGAGCUGACCAGUCUCGGCAGAAUGCUCGCGCAGAUGCCGAUUGAGCCGGUCAUCGGAAAAUGCAUCGUUUUGGGAACGGCGUUGGGGUUUGUCCACUAUUCUUACUAUGAACUUAGGGAUAGUCAUAGAAAAAGGAUAUAUUGCUUGAAGUUCAAAAUAGAAUUUCAAAUUUCAACUAGAAUCAAGCACACGAAAAGAGGAUAAUUUCCAAGGCUUAGUUCAUAAAAAGUACAAUACUAAAAUAGAUCUAACCACUUUUUAACUUUGAAAAUUAUCGAAAUUCGACUCACUUAUUUUUUUACAGUUUUUGCUUUACCUUAGGCCAAACAUUCUCGUUUUUCUUUGACUUCUGUAUCUCACACUCAUUGAUCAUUUUUUUUUGUUUUCUAUCCAAUAUCUUCAGUUUUAGUCUUCUGUGAGGAAAGGUUGACAAAAUAAAAGUCAUUUGUGACCUCCGGGAAGCAUAGAUGAUUACACUACUGCCUUGAGCCAUCGAAAAAUGGGCUUUGACACGAUAAGAAAGGAGACAGUGUCUGGUUGGUGGAGAGCGUAGACAGGCCACGCCCCUUUGCGUCCCAAGAUAGCCUUGAAUCGGCUACAGUACUGACUUUGAUUUAGGAAGGCACGGGAGGAGCAGGGGGAAAAGGCCUUUUAAAAAGUCUGCUUAUCUAUGACCGUUUCUAGUUUUUUCAAAAGUUCAAACGCGCGAAUUUUCAGUAUCGGAGCGUUGAUGUGCGACAUCGCAGCUUCGAUGUCGUUCUCGACGCCGUUCGUUCCCAGAGAGCGCCAUCACACUCGAAUGAACAGUCAGCAACGCUCCUUCGCUGGAAACAAGCCGUCGGAUCACGUCGCCAUGGUCCUUGCUUUUUCUGAUUUAUUAUUUUACGGGGAAAGAAAUGUUAGAUGUCUGAAAAAAAAUACAGUGUCCGUUUAGAAGGGAUUUUUUUACUGGGAUAGUUGGUAAAUCUAUUGAAUUUUUCAAUUCCAAGAAGUAGCUGAUUAGAAAAAAAAUUAGUAUUUAUUCUAACUAGGAACAUAACCCUCCUUCAAAAAAAAAAAUGUAAACGGAAAGUAUUGAGUUUUCUUCUUUGACCACUUCCCCCUGAAUUUUCCCUUGAAAAUUUGAGUUCCACGAAAAUUUCCAAUAUCAUCACAUUUCUUCAGGUUGCUGUUGUUCAAGCCUAUAGAAACCUGAUUGAAGAACAAUAUUCGAGCGACGCCGAGAGAUCCUUCUGCGAUCGCUACUCAUUGAGCCCAACCAUUUUGAAAAUGACCAAGUUUACCUGAUUUCAUGAGAAGAGUUCGAAUCACUUUGUUCAGUGGAGCACGACGGCAGCUGGUUGAAGUCCUCGCGAAUGCUUGCAAUUUCCCCAAAGACCUUCUGUUCGACAUCCACGUGGACGUUAAUCAGAAGGUUUACAUUUUUCAGUACUACGCAAUUUCGAAAUCAGGAACAGUUGGCGCUUUGAGGUUAGCGUAUUCGUGCACUUUUUUCUCGUUCUCAAAAAUAUUAUUUCGUUUUAAUCUUACUAUUUCCCUUUUCAGAGCGGCGAACUGGAUCUGAUGCGCUCCUUGUUGGUGAAUGCCCUUUACCCGAAUAUUUGUUAUUUCCGCGGAAAGAGAAAGGUUUCAAAUCGUCUUUUUUUCUCCUUCCUGAUAAGCCAAGGGAUCAGGUCUACACGAUCGACCAAUCGUCCGCUCUGGUCACCAACUACUCGAUCCUGACGCCGUUCAAGGACAGCGGCGACUUGGAAUUGCCCUCCCCGCUUCUUGUUUUCAAGGAGAAGGUUUAUAAAUGAGUGGCUAUGGGAGAUUUGAAAUAGCAGAGCAAAACACAGUAUUCUAAAAAGCCGUUACGAAUAGACAUUGGACUAGGGAAAUGAAAAGUAAUAUAUUUGCAGCUGCGAACAAGAUUCAUCUCCUGUAAGGAACUUUCCGUGAUCUCGGCCGUCCAGCUGAUGCUGUUCGGCAGCCGAAAAGUGGAAUGCAUCGGGAAGGAUUUGAUUCGACUUGACGACAUGUUUGUCCUUUUUACUCUUGAAUUUUUGACCUUUGUGAAGAAGGCAUAGAACAUUUGAAGGCAAAACCUAUAGUGAAUCCUUCCUGGCUUGAAAUGCGAGGGAGGCGGAGGGGGCGGGACGCGUAGCGUGCGCGCUCGCGGCUUUUGGCAGGAGCUUUCGCCAGCGACUAUUUUCUAAUUUCUUUUUAAGUUCUUCAUCGAUUUUUUUUUUCAAUUGGGCAUUAAUUAAUAGCAGGAUAGAUACUAAAAGAGCAACAAACUCCAAAUAGUCAGUGGAAUCGAACUCAUGCCAAGAACCGCCUACGCGUCCCGCCCACUUCUCCGCCUCCCUCGCCUUUUCAGUCGGGAUUAAUUGACAAUACUGGUGUAAAUUUUUCUCGAAACUAUCUCAACCUCGGACUUAUCAAGUUUUUGAUUCUCCAGUUGCGAAUCCAAUGUUCCAGGAUCACCCUGAGCAUGGAAACGGACUUGGCGGCGAACGUGAUGGCUCUCCGACCCUGUGUCGAUUCUCUGCUGGUGCGAGCGUGUGAAAACCCCGAAUCAAUUGAGUUUGCCGCACCGGAAGGUGGAGCCUCGUUUGAAGUACAACGAACAAUAACUAGCACUCACAGAUCAAACGCUUCGCGACUUGCUGCGUGACUUGUCGGCCGAGGAACUGAUGACAAAGGCGUCGGUGAAGGACGUUCUUCUCACUGAUGCGGCCCAGGUACUUUCGAAAUAUUUCACUGAACUCACCACUUUAAAUUUAAUUAAGUGAAGGAAAGAGAUAUCAAAAAAAAAAGAGAUAGUAAAAAUUUAUUUAUUUUUAGGAAAAGGGAUUCGGAAGCAUGCGAGUUCCUCGUGGUGCGGGUGCUCACAAUUCGUGGGGAUUUGGAGGCGGUCCGAGUGAGUUCAAUAAAAAAUAGAGAUAAUGAAAACAGUUUUUAGAUUCAGAUCAUUUUUUUUAGGACCGAACAACUCUUUCAUGAAUAGUGCUGGCGAUGGUUGGAACAACGGCGCUGGCGGAAAGACACCUUCGCCAUCGCGCUUUCCCGCGCAGCAUCCGCAUCCCUACGGCGGCGGAGGUGGACGAGGAGGAUUUCGCGGUGGCAUGCGACAGGACAGCGGAUUCCGUGGAGGAAAUCAGUUCGGCAGGCCGAGAGGCGGAGGCUUCGGUGGCAGCAUGCGAGGCUUCCAGCCGAGAAAUCGCGGCGGCUUCCAACGAGGCCGUGGCGGCGGUGGUGGUUAUGGAAAUGGAAAUGGAGGCGGAUGGUAG